CGGCACAUUAACUCAGGCGUGUAGUUUCAUAAAUUAACAGAACGAUAUUAAUAUCUUCAAUAUCGUCUCAACAUAGAUGGAAGUAGUAUUUGGAGAACUCAGCACUAACCGCCAUCCCCCAAACCCACAUACCUCCGUGCUGGAUAUGCAGAUCUUCUGGAGACGUAUGUCUCGAGCGUACCUGGAAAAUGGAAAUUACAAAUGCGGCUAUCAGGGGAAAACUAAACGAGCAACACAAAACCAGGGUGUUUUGGUUGAUCUGGCUGUGCUUAAGGGGCGACGCCUGGGAGAAAGGACGUAGAACUAGCACCGUGUUUCGUUUAUGUGCUAUAACUGUGAUAUCUAAUGAAAUCAAUAGAAAAUAG